ACUCUGACUCUGCCUCUGUCUCUGCUCGUACUCAAUCAUCUGCACGAGCACCUGUGCUCGAGACGGCACCUGAUCGUAGCGACGCGUCAAUGAAUGGCAAGAGCUCUGAUUCUGAAACAACGUCCGGCAAGUCGCAGAGUGGCUCCAAGGCGGAAGAAGACACAGAUAUGGAGGAGGAAGAGGAGGAAGAUGUCGAUGACGAGACUGAACCAGGGCCCAGUGAUCUGGAUGAGCCUUGGGAGUAUACAUUUCGGGCUGGUGAUGCCGUUUGGAUCCGUUAUAGUGGUGACGAAUGGUGUAUGGCCAAAGUGAGCAGAAACACUCGCAAGGGGGCUACUCGGCAGGGGGAAGGCACCUUCUAUCUCGCUGUCUACCGCCCAGGCAGGGCAAACCUCCGCAAAUACUUCGCACCCCUGAACGGCGAGAUCAAGCCUGAUACCCCACGGACGAGGAGGUUGUUGAGGGAGGCUGGUUUACUGUAAACUUGUUGUGAGCGAUUAGCACGAAG